CUGGCAGGCAAUCGCUAGCACUUUGCAGCCUUUCUCUCAGUUCUGUUCCAGCGCUUAUUGCGGCCACAACGUUGUCCGAUGCUCGAACCUGACAGCACAUUAGCCGAAGAACUAGCCGUCGCCCUAGCAGCAGCAGCARUAGAAGACAGCAGGGAGCGUGCGUUCUGCCAUGGCCAACGAGCAGCAGCCGCAGCAGCUGGAGGAGGAACAACGUCAACUGCUGCUGCAAACGCUGAACAGACUUUGGAGCCAUUAUCUGCACCCCUCCGACUCUGAGACAGUUGAUAAGCAGACGGCGAGUGUCAAGGAACACUGGCUCUGGCAGCUGCUGUAUCAUUUCCAAUACUUGGACGAGCAAACAUUGCGAGAUGCGCAGUUUAAUAGCAAUUUCAAUCAGCUGCCCGAAGAGCUCUGCUCUUAUUUGCUGGAGCAGGUGUAUCAAAUCAUCAGCGCAGCGAAACGUUCGCAGGAACCCGAGCAACCAGACAAAUGCAUCAAACAGCUGCGAAAACAGCAUAACCUAGCCCAGCUUAUUUUGAGCACACCCAGUGAUUGCAAUAAGAUUUUGGCAUUGAGAACUUUUCUUACUAAUGGCUUGGGUCAACAUUUGCUCGCCUUUCUGCUGCGCGUGCAAAUCAAGCACAUUGCUUCGCAGAAGAGCCUCUGCCAGUUGUGCAUCAAUCUGUUUCCCAAUUGCAAAUGGAGUGCUGUAAAUGCCCCGCUGCAGCCCCUGACCAGCAUUGCACAGUUCAUUAGUAGCUUUCACCUGAAUUCGCAGCGCAAUAAAACGCGUCGUCAGCAACAGCAGCAGCAUCAACUACAACAGCAACCACAGCAACCACAACAACAGGCACAGCCCCAGCAACUGCAACAGCAACAACACCCCUUUGAGAUUAUUAGUAGCUUCAAAGAAUUCAGAAAUGCUUGUAAAACGAGUGAUGAAUUGGCGCUGCUGCUCAUUCAGUUACUCUCGCGCUGCAUCGAUGCUGAGCAGGACCCGCAGCUCAGUGUAACGGUGCACAACUUUGCGCUGGGCCAUUUGUGCAGCAGCUGUGUGGAUGAGUGCGAGCAGGAGGCGRAGCUGCCCGGCAGCAAGAAUGAUGAGAUAAUUAAGUUUGAGCUACUGCAGCUGAUUGCGCAGUGUGUCAACAAUUUCUACAUGCACGAGCAGCAGCCCAGCUCCUUGGACUUUAAYAGCCAGUGCAGCCAGCUGCUCUAUGCGCUAGCUGCCAAUCGCAGCAGUUCGGUGCUSUCACAUGCUGUGCUCUACAUUAUAUUUGGCACUCUGCACAAUCUGGUGGAGUUCGGCUCUCAGCAUCUCAAUCAAAUCGAUGUGAAGCUCUUUGACGCCUGUUUCGAUGUGCUGCAAGAGGCGGCCGCAUCCACCACCUGCACCUCGCUGCUCUUUCUGCAUAUCUACAAGCUGCUGCUGCGCCUUACGGAUCAUCUGUCGCGCCAGGAACAGCAGCUGCAGUGCCUCAUGGAGAGCAGCACCUCUAGCGCUUUGGCCAAGCAGCAGCAACAACAUCAGCCGCCACGCUACAAGCGUCAGCGUCACAGCCAACUUCACUGCACGGAGCGCUCGCUCACCUGUUAUUUCCAGGGCAAACUUUAUCAGCUGUUGCCCAAUCUGGUGCCGGAGCUGCAGGAGCACACCGUACGCUCGCUGCUCCGCACCGGCAGCUGCUGCUGCCACUACAAUGCGACCAACUAUGCCACCUGCCUGCGCCUGGCCACCCAGCUCUCUGGCAGCUAUCAGAAGUGCACCUACAAGUUCCUCCAUUACAAUGUGCUGCACACCAUCUUCGUGAAACGCUCGCCCCAGCAUUGCGCCGUUUGCGAGGAGAAGCUCAAGUCGCCGGCAUUUCACAUGCAACUUCUGGGCAUCUAUAAGGACAACUAYCGAGCAUUGUUGAACAGCRGCUCRAUGCUGCUCUUCCUGAAGCAUCUGAAGCAUAUUGCCUAUUUACUAUCGUAUGAUCUGGCCGCUGGCAUUCUGGCCGAGGUAGCAUUACCCAUUUUCCGGCAAUACAAACAGCUAAGUGAGUGCAAGACCAAGACGACUGGCGUGCAUAAGCUGCCGCGCCUGCAGUUGCCCUGCAAGCUGGACAACUAUCGCAUUCUCCACGAGUGCCUCAGCAUUUUUGUGAUGUACCUGAGUGACAUACGCCUCGUCAAGGCCUUCUACAACGAGGAGAACAUUGGCUACAUGCAGGACUUGCUGUGUGUGCCGGAGCUGCAGCGCGGCGUCUGUGAUCUCAUCAAGGUGGGCAUCGAUAACAUUGCCUUUCUGGGUGACAACAGCCACGAGCAGAUCGCGCUCAGCCGUCGCCUCAUACAACUGCAGCUGAAUAGCAGCGAUCGCGCCUCACGAUUGUUCCAGGCGCUGCUGCACCGAUGCGCCAAGCGCUCGAAUGUGAAAUUCUGGCUGGAAGACUCGGCCAAUACGUCGCUGUUAGAGGGUCACAAGCCGGUGGAUAUUCUAUAUAUAACCGCACUCCAGUGGACGCUCAACUAUGAGCUGCUCAAGACCAGUCAACUGUUCUACAAUGAGUUUGCCAAAAUCUACUCGAUACCCGUGGAAAUGACGGUUGACGAUGACGACGACGCUGACGAGCAGCAGCAGCAGCAGCAACAACAACAGCCGCAGCUGGAGCAGGAGGAGAAAUUGCGGCAUGGCGAUAAGACAAUCAUUGACAUACUCAAGCUAAACUACAAUGCACUAAGUUGUUUUCUAAUGCUGCCAAAAGCCGCAGUCGCCGUAACCUCAACCGCAGCGACAACGCCAGCGACGACGCCGACAAUGCCGUCCAUUCGUGGCUCAAGUUCAUUGGAGGCGCUCGUCUCGCAAGUACAGCUGCCGUUCAGUGUGAUGUCAGCCUCCGCGACGACUGCAGCCAGCUCGGACUACGCCGAUUCCUCCCUGGACUACGCCUCCAUCAUCAACAACUACGCCGAGCAGCCGGCAUUGCCUUCCUUUCUGCAGCACCUGCAGUCUAGCCAGCCGGACGAGAGUAUUGUGCUCUUCGACAUACGCGGAAGCAAACCCAGUAGCAACAACAUCAGCACCAACAACAACGUUGAAUCAGUGCCACUGGCAGUGUCCAGCGUCGUGGCAGAGGAUGAGGCAGCUGCUGCCGGACUAAUUAGCAAGCUGUUCAAUAUUGUGGGCUCCCUACCGCCCAUAGAGAACUUACCCAAUCUAUGCAAGGCGCUGGGCAUCAACGAGAAUGAUUCCACAUGGAACCUGGAGCACGAACUGGAGCGCCUGGAGCUAAAUCGCAGCACUGUGGCAGCCAAACAGAAGCAGCUGCUGGAGAAGACGCUCUACAAGUUCGAGCCGCUCGUGCAGCACUGCAUUGAGACCUCCAUGGUGACCACCAGGCGCGUGGCAGAGCUGCAGAAUGCGGAGCGUAAGCUUCUCAUGUGCCACAUGAAGGACUAUGAUGACACAAACACCUAUACCAAAUGGCUGGAGAUAAUACGCCGGAUGACCCACGAGGGAGCGCCCUGGUACUGCAACGAGCGUGCUGAGUGCUCCUGGGAGCUGGAUGACACGGAGGGGCCAUCGCGUGUUCACACACGUUUGCGGCGCUGCCACUUGGAUAUUGAUCGGCGAUUCUUUAUGAACGACUACUGCCCCGGGCAGGGUCAACGCGAGGAGAAGGAUCAAUAUGUGCGUCCGCUGGACUAUUUGAUAGCCAGCUACGAUCAGCAAUUGAAUAUAUCACUCAAUUCGCAAAUACUCUAUAAUUUUGCGGCAAAAUUUUUGCCCGUUGAUGGUGAGAUCGAUGGCGAGAUAAUUAUAACUGAUCUGAAGCUCUAUUUUCUGGCCACAUAUCGUUGUAAAUACUUUAAUGUGAACUGUGAUAUAUCGAACAUAACUGAAAUUUGGCUGAAGCGCUACCAGCACCAGGAGAAGGCCUUUGAGAUAUUGCUGGACAGCAACAAAUCGCUGUUCUUUUCGCUGCAAAACGCCGACGACUGGAAGAUAAUGCGCGAGGUAUUCUGUGAUAAAAUUGUAACCAUGCCGGACAACUCCAAAGUGCUGGCCAUAACGCAGCAGUGGCGCGAGGGCCUGCUAACCAAUUGGGAGUAUCUGAUGACACUCAAUCAGAUAGCUGGACGCACCUACAACGAUCUCAUGCAGUACCCAGUCUUUCCCUGGGUGCUGGCCAACUACAGCUCCGAGUGCCUAGAUCUGCGCCAAGCGCAAAAUUUUCGACGACUCUCGCGACCCAUUGCGGUGCAGCUGGAGAAGAACGAGCAGCACUACAUAAACAACUAUGCGUACAUCGAAAGCACGAAUACGAACAUGGGCUCAUUGAUCYUGAAGCCGUAUCACUAUAGCUCCCACUACUCAAAYUCUGGCACCGUGYUGCACUUUCUGGURCGUGUGCCGCCUUUCACCAGCUAUUUUCUGCGCUAUCAAGACAAUAACUUUGACCUGCCGGAUCGCACUUUCCACGCACUGCACACCACGUAUUGCUUGGCCAGCCAGGAUAGCUCCACGGAUGUGAAGGAACUCAUACCRGAGUUCUUUUGCCUGCCUGAAAUGUUUGAGAAUUUUGAGCGCUUCAAUUUUGGCUGUCGUCAAAAUGGCGAAAGGGUUGAGGAUGUCACACUGCCCGCCUGGUGCCAGCGAGAUCCGCGUCUCUUUGUGCUCAUCCAUCGGCAAGCGCUGGAAUCGGAGCUGGUUCGCAAUGAGCUGCAUCACUGGAUCGAUCUAAUUUUUGGCUAUAAGCAAACAGGAGAGAGCGCUGUUGAGGCCAUUAAUGUGUUCCAUCCCGCGACCUAUGCCGUUUUCCUCGACUCUGAAAUUAGCGAUCCCAUUGAACGUGAGGCAGUCAAGACUAUGGUGAAGACUUAUGGGCAGAUGCCACGCCAGCUGUUCAAGUCGCCACAUCCCUCCACCAAAGCGCUGGACUAUGCUCUAGUGGACACGCCCAUUGUGCCCAGUGUGAAGGGAUUGCGUUGGGGCGUCUACGUGGGCUCGCCGCAGCUGAAGGCGCCGUCGUGGGCCAUCAUACACAAAAUACCAGGCACCGAGCAUCUUGUCAGCUUCAGCAACACGAAUGUGGUCUAUGCCUUGCCGGCGCGAGCGGGAGUUAUGCAGGGCGCCGAGCCCGACACCUAUAAUGUGAUUUCCUGGGGCUACGACGAUCGCAUUGUGCGCAUUCAGCCGCUGAACAAACCACAAGCGAAGCCCAAGAAUCUGCUAUAUAAUGACAGCUUCGAUGACAUCAGCGCUUGUGGCUGUGAUGUGAACUCGAAUCAGCUCUGGUUUGGCCACAAAUCCGGACGCAUUAGCGUCUACAAGUGCGCCAGCGGCAUGGAUGGCCAACAGCGCGCGACCACCAAGAGUCGUCAGAGCUAUGUGCGUGGAUUGCGUCUAUCCUAUAAUUCAGCAUUCCGCAAGAUGACCACCAAGAGCACAGGCUCUGGAUCUGGUGCUGAAGCAUCCGAUGACUCGGGCAAUCUGCAUGCCACCAACUCGUCUGCCUCUAUGUCCUCAUCUGGAGUCUCCUGCAACGGCGAUGCACUGCAGCGCGAUGGUGCUGACUUAACCUGGCUGGGUCCCACGUUUCUGGUGCGGCACACGGAUGAGAUCACUUGUAUUGCCCUGUCCGUUGAGUUUAAAAUCGCUGUGAGCGCUGGACGUGACGGCAUUGCCGUCAUUUGGGAUCUCAAUGACUGGAGCUAUGUUCGCACUAUUGCACGUCCUGCGGAGAUUCAUCAGUCGCCCAUCACGCAUGUGGCCAUCAGYCCUACCCUGGGCGACAUAGUCACCGUGCACACAAUGCCCCAGCAGCCAAUAAAUGCCAAUGCAGCAGCAUCGCUCGCAAAGCAGAGUGCAGCGGACGAAUGCUUCGAGGUGACGGAGGAGAGCCUGGAUGAUUUUGUCAACGUCAACAUCAAUCCCAAUGGCAGAUCCAUACUCCGUCUGCACUCGGUCAACGCCCGCUACGUACAGCACCUGGUGCACGAGGACCGCAUCCAGGCUGUGUGCUAUUCCUACAUCAAGGAAGGUGUCGGAGUCAAUGUCAUAGCCACCGCUGUGGAGGGCGGCUUCGUCCGCUUCUGGUCGAGUUGGAAUUUGAGUUUCGUCAGCGAGCUAACAACAGGCACAGCACCCAUUCACAGCAUCAUUUACUCUACGCAUCAGCACUUGGUGGUGUUAACAAAGGACUCCCACAUCCAGGUUUGGGAAUCGGAGGGUCUCUACGGCAACGCGCCAAAGUUUCCCCAAAUUGUUUAUAAGUAAACAGCCGUAAACUAAACCUAYAAUUAAACUCAAAGCAUAUCAAUGACAGACACAUAAACCAGAGUAGCUGAAGAAUCAAAAUGAUAUCGAGCCCAAGUCACGUGGAAUUCCAUUCUGUAACUAAUGACCGGCUUCAAUUAAAUACAUAUACACACACACAUAUUAGUUUUAUAGCCAUAGGUACAUAAAGCUAUUGAAAUACACUUUUCUACCAAACAACUUUUAUAAGUUAU